AUGCCUCCUAAGAUUAGAAAGUUUGAUUCUGGAUAUGAGAAGCGUAAGAAAAAAAGACUUGAUGAGUUAACUCAAUCUCAAUCAGGAGCUCCUGAUAAAUUUAUUAUAAAAGAACCACAAAUUCCUAAUGAAAAUCAAAAUGUUGAUGUUGGAAUUAUUGAAAACAUGGUUUCUACUGAAAAUAUGGAGGAAAAUACUAAUGCUAAUGCUACCGAAAAUGAUAAUUUAGAUGCUGAAAAUAUGGAGGAAAAUGCUAAUGUUAAUGCUACCGAAAAUGAUAAUUUAGAUGUUGAAAAUAUGGAGGAAAAUGCUAAUGUUAAUGCUACUGAAAAUGAUGAUUUAGAUGUUGAAAAUAUUGAUGCUGAAAAUCUUGAUAAUGCUAGUGACAAUGGUGAAGAUAGAGAUAUAUUUGAUCCAGCAAUAUGGGAUUCUCUUGAGUCUAGAAUGAUUGAUUUAUUGGCAACAAAAGGUCCUAAAAGAGAUUUGUCUAUUGUGAAGGGUCCUAAAGACAAAUCAUUUAGACGUUUUACGGCUAAUUUGUAUACUAGAGUUUUACCAAAUGGGGAGAAAUGUGAUAGAGAUUGGCUUGUUUAUUCAAAAAAGCUUGAUAAAGUGUUUUGUUUUUGUUGUAAAAUUUUCAUAAAAGGAAUUGGUAGAGGUCAAUUAGCAAAUGAGGGUUUUUGUACUUGGAAACAUGUUGGUGAAAGACUUAGAGAGCAUGAGACAUGCAUCGAACAUGUUCACAAUAUGACUAUUUGA